AUGGUUGAUACGCCUCCGUCAACAUCCUCUUCUGACGAAGCCGAUCAGGCACCUCUACACCGUCAAUAUCGGUUGCGCGUGACCGCCGGUCCGGCAUAUGACCCGUCAACUCACAUGCUUGUGCCCGUCAAUGCUCCAGAGACCUUGACCUUUGAAAACGACCAUAUCAUCCUCUCCCUUGCCAUUCGAAUCCGCCGCUUCACCGGCUAUCCCGACGACUCUCCUCACUCUUCGCCCUAUUUCGACCAUGACCUGCACCGAUACGAUCAAUAUUCAAUAGCCUUCUCCUUUGUACCCAAGGUGAACAUCUCGGGAGCUGAUUUAAUAUUCGGCAAUGACUUUGAUCGACCCAUAAGGGACAGGUUGCCACCGGGAUUCAAUCACGCGUUCCAAUUUGUCAAAUGGUGGGUAGAUCCAGGGCUGGAAGGAGACGUCUAUGCCGAUAGACCAUAUCUGUUCGGCCCAGCACUCAGCAGUUGGAAUAUCUUCCGGAUAGGAGACAAGGUCAUUGAAGAUGACCAAUUGCCGGAUCGAAAUGCUUGGAAGAUACCAAAUGCCACCUCUUUUCAUGAGACGGUAGUUGAAGAAGGCGCCGAAGGUACUGGGGAAGAAGCCCGGAAAGAGUCAAAAAUGCCCGCUGAUUCCGCCGGGCGGAAGAAACAUUUCCUCACUCCUUCGAACCGUGAAGCAUUUACCUUUGAGGCGGGCAGAGUGUACCAAUCAGACUUUGGAAACCCGUACCUGGACUUCAACGACUUUUCCCUCAAGCUUCCUGGAUUCAGCUUGAAUGUGAUCAAAUAUGUGGACUGCAAGACUCAUGAACUGCGGUACACAUUGAAAAACAAGUCGACGGACGAGAUUUAUGCGGUGGUACUGUUUACGUUGCUCUUUGGCGAAGAAUUGAAACAAGAAGUAAAAGACGAAGGCGAAGGGAAUUUAGAAAAGAGCGACGAGAUUCCUGAAUCACCGCCGGAUGACGAUGAUGUUGAUUGA